GAGUAUCUGUCUGCGUCCUGCAAGACUACAAGGAACGCCCACUACAAGGAACGCCCACUACAAGGAACGCCCACUACAAGGAACGCCCACUACAAGGAACGCCCACUACAAGGAACGCCCAUUUUUCAAAAUGGCGACGCCACUUGAAUUUCAUGUUACCAUUUCUCCUGAAAACAAGGCUUGCAUACCAGUUUGUGUUGCUCCAAAUCGCUACCAGUGCCAGUUCUGCAACAGGACUGGAGAUUAUCCUGCUCUGGUGGCACAUAUGCAGACCCAUGAAAAGUCUGCUAUUAAACAUGGAGGUAUCUUCCUGCCCUGAAACGGAGGAUCCCUUCAUCCGAAACAUCUUUGAAGCGGCAGAGUGGUGCACUAGAGAGCUCCCUUCAGAGAGGGUGACCUUGCCACCAGUCACGUUAAUGGAUGGAGAUAAGCGUGCAAAAGCCUUAAAAGAACUGAGAGAAUAUGAAGGUGUUGAUGAAGAAGAUAGACUGUUGUUGCAGGAACCUUUUCUGUUUAUUUUUAAGGUACAGUCUGAUUUCAGUAGGUUUUUAGAUGAACUUGUUGUCAUGAAGAAAUACAUUCUUUUUGCGUCUUUUGAAGAGCUAAAAGAGGCAUAAUCUGCUGUCUGGGAAACUGCCUCUUUUAUAUUUAAAUUUUAGGUUACAGUCGGCCUUCAACAGGGUUUUUUUUUUGUUUUAUAUAUAUAUAUAUAUAUAUAUAUAUAUAUAUAUAUAUAUAUAUAUAUAUGUAUAUACGUAUAUAUAUAUAUAUAUAUAUAUAUAUAUAUAUAUAUAUAUAUAUAUACGUAUAUACAUAUAUAUAUAUAAAACACACCUCUGAUAUGUGAAGCAAAACUACAUCCUUUUUUCAACCUUUUUUCGAUUGUGAGCAUGAUCUAGCUGUGUGUGUUUUUGAGACUGUGUUUGUGUGAGAGAGACUGAGGGCGUUUGAGAGAGACUGAGGUUGUGUGAGAGAGACUGAGGGUGUGUGUGUGUGUGUGUGUGUGAGAGAGAGAGAAAGAGACUGUAUAUGCGAGUGUUAUUCAAUAAAGUAUGUUUCUGAAA